AUGGCUUACAAUACAAAACCUGUUUUCUUAGUUCUUGCCUUUCUCUUUACUAUUGCCUUACCAAUAAUCCAUGCACGCCAUGAUCAAAUUCGUCCCCGAGUUGAUGCUAUCUAUCAAUUUGGAGACUCGAUCUCUGAUACUGGUAAUCUAAUACGCGAAAAUCCAAUUGGAGCAAGUUUAGGCUGCGGUAGAUUUCCUUAUGGACAAAACUUCUUCCUUGGACGUCCUACUGGACGUUGCUCUAAUGGACGUCUUAUGGUCGAUUUUUUUGCUGAACACUUCAAUUUGCCAUACCUUGACGCAUACCUUAACCGGAAUGGAAAUUUCAAUCAUGGAGUGAACUUCGCGGUUGUUGGCUCAACAGCGCUUAGCACAUACGAAUUAGCUGCAAGAAGAAUCGAGUCACGGACCACCCGUAGUUCUUUAUCACCCAUGCAACUAUCAUGGUUUAGGUCUCAUAUUCGUUCUAUAUGUCACAAUCCAUCAGAUUGCAAGCGUAAAUUUGCCAAUGCACUCUUUAUUGUCGAAUCUGGUGGCAAUGACUUCAAUUAUGCUUUCUUUGGAGGGAAAAGUAUGAAAGAAGUACAAGGGAUGGUGCCCGAUGUUAUUCGGACUAUUAGAAGAGCCGUGGAGCAACUAAUUAGUUUGGGUGCCAUACGAGUAGUGAUUCCUGGAAAUUUCCCAAUCGGAUGCUUGCCAAUAUAUCUUACAACUUAUCAAACAAACAACGCAAGUAAGUAUGAUGAACUCCAUUGUCUAAGAGAAAUGAACGAGUUUGCCACGUACCAAAACAAUUUCCUACAACAAACUAUUAGAGAACUUCAAAGGGAAAACCCGACGGUCACAAUCAUCUAUGGAGACUACUUCACAGCCCUUAGAGAACUCCUUCAAAACGCCGUCUCUCUUGGAUUCGAUAGGCAUGAAACGCAAAGGGCUUGUUGUGGGAUGGGUAAUAAUGUGUACAACUACGAUGGAACUCGAAUGUGUGGAACAGGAGUUCCCGUGUGUGAGCAGCCCGACAAGAGCGUAAGUUGGGACGGAAUCCAUAUGACUCAACAUGCUUACAGUGUUAUGGCAAACUGGUUAUUGAACCACAAUAUUGUUCCUGGCAUCACCAAAGCAAGGACUUAAUUAUUUCAUACCAAGGAAACAGAGUUGUGUUGUGUAGGAUGCAUAAUGCUUUUAAUUUUUCUUAACACUUUUUCUUGUUGUACGUUCUUUAUCAAAUAUUAUUUGUUAAGUAUGAUUAAAUUACUUAAAAAUAGUUUUUGGAUUUACAAGUAUUAAACUACUAUUGAAGUUUAAAGCAAAUCCUUUAGCAUU